UGGAUUGUCGAGAGAAAACAAUGAAAAAGGAAAGAGCCAAUCAUGGAGAAAGUGAAAGGUUCGUGAAGGUAACAUAUUCGAGCGAUCAUUUCUCUAACAAUUGUGCACCGAAGAAGAUACAAUGUACAUCAAGUACUUCCUUCUUCUAAAAUUUUUUUCACUCACGACCGCAUUGUCAAUAUAUGACGAUAAUACAAACAAAAGAGUCAUAUCGUCAUAUGUAAGCAAUAUUAAUUCUACUACGUUAUAUAAAAGAGCGACAGACCGAUCAUCAGAUGGAAGUCGAGUAGAUUUUCAAAUAAGAAAUCAUCAGGGACCAGGAACAUACAUAUUCGGUUUCGAUACUGGACACGGAAAAAAUCGACAGUACAAAAUGGAAGAACGUCGUCGGGACGGAAGCGUCAAGGGUCGAUAUGGCUUUUAUGAUGCAAAAGGAAAACUCAAAGUUGUCAGCUACAUCGCGGGCCCUACUGGGGAUUAUGAAGAACGCCAUCAUGAAACCAUCACUUACAAACCUGAUAUUUAGCAAAUCUUUUCUCAGAUGUAUGUUUACCAAAUAAAUUAACCUGUUAAGAACAA